GGCCAGAGUCCGGGCCCGGGGGCAGAAUGGCGGCGGAGCGGGACCCCGAGGCGAGCGCGGCGGCCCGGCCGCUGCUCACCGACCUCUACCAAGCCACCAUGGCGCUGGGCUACUGGCGCGCGGGCCGGGCGCGGGACCAGGCCGAGUUCGAGCUCUACUUCCGCCGCUGCCCCUUCGGCGGCGCCUUCGCCCUGGCCGCGGGGCUGCGCGACUGCGUGCGCUUCCUGCGAACCUUCCGCCUGCGGGACGCAGACGUGCAGUUUCUGGCCUCGGUGCUGCCCUCCGACACGGAUCCCGCAUUCUUCGAGCACCUUCGUACCCUCGACUGCUCCGGUGUGACGGUGCGGGCCCUGCCCGAAGGCUCCCUCGCCUUCCCCAGCGUGCCGUUGCUACAGGUGUCAGGGCCACUCCUGGUGGUGCAACUGCUGGAGACGCCACUUCUCUGCCUCGUCAGCUACGCCAGCCUCAUCGCCACCAACGCUGCGCGGCUUCGCCUGAUCGCGGGUCCGACGAAGCGGUUGUUGGAGAUGGGGCUGCGGCGAGCUCAGGGCCCCGAUGGAGGUCUUACGGCCUCCACCUACAGUUACCUGGGCGGCUUCGAUGGCAGCAGCAACGUGCUCGCAGGACAGCUGCGGGGCGUGCCCCUGGCUGGAACCUUGGCUCACUCUUUCGUCACUUCGUUUUCGGGCGCUGAGGUGCCCCCUGACCCGAUGUUGGCUCCAGCUGCCAGUCAGGGCCCCAGGGUAGACCUGGCUGCAUGUGUGGAGGCAUGGCUGGAACGCGUGUGUGCCCAUCUGGGGCUAGGGGUGCAGGAGCCCCACCGGGGGGAGCGGGCAGCCUUCGUGGCCUAUGCCCUGGCUUUCCCCCGGGCCUUCCAGGGCCUGCUGGACACCUACAGUGUGCAGAGGAGUGGUCUUCCUAACUUUCUGGCAGUAGCCUUAGCCUUGGGGGAGCUGGGCUACCGAGCCGUGGGCAUAAGAUUGGACAGCGGUGACCUUCUGCAGCAGGCCCAGGAGAUUCGUAGGGUCUUCAGGACCGUUUCGGCCCAGUUCCAGAUGCCCUGGUUGGAAUCAGUCCCCAUCGCCGUCAGCAACAACAUUGACGAGGAAGAGCUGGCCCGGCUGGCCCAGGAGGGCAGUGAGGUGAACGUCAUUGGCAUCGGCACGACCGUGGUCACCUGCCCCCUCCAGCCUUCCCUGGGCUGCGUCUAUAAGCUGGUGUCUGUGGGAGGUCAGCCCCGAAUGAAGCUGACUGAGGACCCCGAGAAACAGACACUGCCUGGGAGCAAGGCCGCUUUCCGGCUCCUGGGCUCCGAUGGGUCUCUGCUGAUGGAUGUGCUGCAGCUGGCAGAGGAACCACCCCCCCAGCCUGGCCAGGAGCUGAGGGUCUGGCCUCGAGGGGCCCAGGAAGCCUGUAUUGUGAGGCCUGCCCACGUGGAGCCCCUGCUGAGACUCUGCAUUCAGCAGGGACAGCUGUGUGGGCCUCUCCCAUCUCUGGCUGAAUCUAGAGCCUUUGCCCAGCUGUCCCUGGGUCGCCUGAACCCUGAGCACAAGCGGCUGGAACAGCCCGCACCAUACCAGGUGGCGCUGUCUGAUGGGCUACAGGCCCUGGUGGACCGACUGAGUACAGGAGGGUCCUCUUGAGAACUGUGGUGGAGACUGCCUGGAAUCAACAUGAGUCACUCACUGUCCUGCACAACUUGUCCCGUGUCAUUUCUUCACUCAGCCUGCCACUCACUUGACCCCCAGGGCCUCCAAGGGUGGGUUGGAGUCUGGGGUCAGAGCACGGGUUCAUGCUCCCAGGGGAGGCCCAGGCUCUGCCAGGGUGGGGAGGCUGUCCUGUGCUGAGGUCUGAAGGUCGCAAGGAGUUAGGCCAAGGCUGGGGAGUGUC